AGACAAUCUAUUCAACCUGUAGCUCUGGAAAGGACAGUACAUCCCACGUAGUGGAAAGACUGUAUCACUACGACUAACAUCAUCUUAUCUGCGUACUCUCUGGCACUAUGAAAACGCACACAUGUGAAGGAGAAACCCGCUGAGGACCAAUUUAUUUGGGAGCAAACUUUUGGAAUUUCCUGCAACUUUGGGACCUUUGCCAAUUCUUAAGUUAAUCUUGUCCGUAGGCUGUCAGUUGUCUUAAUACUUCAACGUCAGACAGAAUGUAUUGCCGCAAUCUAGUCCUUUUUGUAUUUUUGUAUUCUCACGCGCUACUGAUGAUGAUGUGCCUGCCACCAGCCUCAGCGCAGAAGUCCAGUGGUCCUCGGUGGCUUAUAGGGGACAGAGAGAGCCCAUGUUCCCCUGCAUGCUCCAGGAAUCACGGCAAGCCUGUGUGUGGGUCAGACGGACGCAGUUAUGAUACCAACUGUGACCUGGAGAGGGCGAAAUGCAAGGACCGCACUCUCACCCUUGCCCACAGGGGCCGAUGCAAAGGUAAAAACUUGGUGAGGAUUGAUCAGCCUCUUCCUGCGCCAACACUGGUUUCAGAGGUCAAAGAGCUGACAGGUAUGAAAGAAGCGGGCCAGACGAAAUGUCGGACUGAGAGGAUUCAGGCUCUGGAACAGGCCAAGAGGCCACAGGAAUCCAUUUUUAUCCCAGAAUGCAAUGACGACGGAACAUUUGCCCAGGUCCAAUGUCACACCCUCACAGGAUACUGCUGGUGCGUAACGACAGAUGGCAAGCCAGUCAGCGGCUCUUCUGUCCAGAACAAAACGCCAGUGUGUUCAGGAAACUUCCGUGAAUUUAUGGGAACUCAUGCUGGGACAAGUGGAUUGUCAGGGUCAGUAACCGAUAAGCCACCGGGACCUCCUAGCUCUGGCAGAAAAGUCUCUUUCCGUUUCUUUCUCACCCUCAAUCCAGAUGAUGGCUCCAAGCCCACACCAACCAUGGAGACGCACGUUGUCCCAGAAGGUGAGGAAAUUACAGCUCCCACAUUGUGGAUUAAGCAGCUGGUGUACAAAGAGAACAAACAGAACAAUUCAACCAGCAGGAAGCCAGAGAAAGUUCCCUCUUGUGACCAGGAGAGGCAGACGGCCCAGGAUGAGGCUCAGCAGAACCCACGGGAAGCCAUCUUCAUCCCUGACUGUGGCUUGCAGGGCUUGUACAAGCCAGUGCAGUGCCACCAGUCCACUGGUUACUGCUGGUGUGUGCUGGUGGACACUGGGAGACCCAUACCUGGAACUUCUGCAAGGUACAAAAAACCAGAAUGUGACAGUGCGGCUCGUUCUCGAGACACAGAGAUGGAAGACCCUUUUAGAGACAGAGAUCUGACAGGGUGUCCAGAGGGAAAGAAAGUGGAAUUCAUAACCAGCCUUUUGGAUGCCCUUACUACUGACAUGGUGCAAGCUAUCAACUCACCAACCCCCUCUGGUGGUGGGAGGUUUGUUGAGCCUGACCCAAGCCACACACUGGAGGAACGGGUGGUUCAUUGGUACUUUGCCCAGCUGGAUAAUAAUGGCAGUUUUGAUAUCAACAAGAAGGAGAUGAAGCCCUUCAAGCGCUACGUAAAGAAGAAAGCCAAACCCAAACGAUGCGCCCGCAAGUUCACAGACUACUGUGACCUUAACAAGGACAAGACCAUCUCCCUUCAAGAACUCAAAGGAUGCCUAGGAGUCAAUAAAGAGGGUAGCACCACAAGCAGCAGCAGUCAGGGGACAAGGCAAGGGACAAAUUUGUUCAUAGGUCGUCUGGUCUGAAGACAGAAAGUUCCAGAAGAUGAGGCAGUAGCACAAAGCACAGUGGGAAGGCAUCUGUUCACUGCUGGAAGAGUACAACGAAGGAUUCUGAGAAAUUAUUAAGAGGUUCCUCAAGAAAAAAAAAAAAAAAGAUGAAAAUGAUAUCAUGGAGCCAAAAUAUUUGCACUUUCUCCUCCCAUUGUUAGGCAUUUUAUUAUGUCCUUUGUGUGUGUUAUAAACAUUUUAUUAAUAUGACUUAAAGAUUGACAAAAACGUAUGUCAGAGAACACAGACUGUAAGUGUUUGAACAAUUACCUGCUACCGUCCACAUUUUCAGCACAUCCACACUCACUGCUAAUCCAGACAGUAUUAUAUAGUUGUUUUUGAAUGAGAACUUUUUUAAAAAUUGAAAAAAGCAAGCACUCCAUUUUGAAAUUAGCUUGCCUUUAAAUGUCUCUUCUUGUGUUUGCUGUUGUUUUUUAAAAUGUCCAUUCAACCAAUAUGUUUGCUCCAUUGUUCACCUUGGCAACGGAACUAAUGGAGCAUUAGUGAACAAGAAAUGGAGCAAAAUCUUUUCUGUCAACAAACAUUAGCUACGGUCUCUCAGUCUUGCACCUCAGGACAUUAGUAAUGUACACUUAACCAUCGCCUGAGAAUUAGCAGUAAGUUCUACAUGGUUUGUUCAGAAGUCAGAGGUCAAAAACACUAUCACGCAAAAUUAGUUUUGUAAAAGUCACGAAACACUUCACUUAGCUUUACUUUCUUCAAAUGGAUUAUUCAGUAAGUAUGGUGUGUCUCACAUACGGAACAACUGGUGUUCUGUUGCUUUUUCACAAUGUCUUUAUCAAAUCUUGAACCUUAAAUAUGACAUCAAAUAGUAUAGGGUGUUCCAAUUGCUAUAUACUGAUAAAUGCACACAACUGGCCUAGUUUAGGAUCCAUAUUUAUAAUAUCCUUUCAUAAAACAUACUUGAGUGAAACAUUUUUCCAUAUAUCUGGGUUUUGGCACACACUAACAGAAAAUACCCUAGUAAUACUUUUUUUUUUUUUUUCUGGACAUGUACCAUGGUAUACUUUGAAGUACUUAAGAGUGAUAUGGAAAAUUACAAUGUAAUCAUUCAGUACCACUGUUCUUUUGUUUGUUUGUUUUGUUUCUUUCUUUCUUUCUUUCUUUUUUAAACCAUGGUAUUACCACAGGGUUUUUUUUUUUCACAUUUUCUUCUCUGGCUAGAAGAGGAUUUUAUAAAUCAGGAGGUUCAUGUAGGUAUUAUAAAUGGAGUGUGUUCGAAAGCAUUUUUUUUUCUCAGCCAAUGUAAUCAGUUGUGUAGUUAUGCAGGAACAAAUAUGAGAGGGUAAUUGAUUAAAAAGUAAAUAAAUAGAUGUAUUUACAUUGACUCAAAAUUACAUUCUAUGUCUUCAUUUACUGGGCUUUGGAAAUGAACAAUUCUUGGAAAUGAAAAAUGAAUUCUUGUCAAAAAGCGAUACUUCCAACAUCUUGUAAGAAAACAAUAAAAAUAGAGAUAUAAAUAUAUUUACCCCUUUUUUCUUUUUCGAUAACUUUCUACUUUAGGAAAGAUAUGUUUGUGUGUGUGCGUGUGCGUGUGCGUGCGCGUGCGUGCGUGUGUGUGCGCGCGUGUGCGCGUGCGUGUGCGUGUGUGUGUGUGUGUUUGUUUCUCAUGGACAUGUACUUGGAAGCCAUUACUUUGGCUAAAAAAGUUGUAAAUAUUUAUCAUAUGUGCUUUUUUUGGUCUUUUCUCCAAUUCUUAAAACAUUGUUUAACAAACUCUGAAGGCAAUGUCAACAUCAAUUAGAUUAUUGAGUAAAUUGUAAGUAGGCUGUUUUGCUUUCAUCAUGAAAUGUCUGUUUUUUCUGAAGUCUGUUCAGCACAAUGUAAAAAUGACAGCCAGUGACAAUACACAUUUAAAAAAUUCUAA